AUGGCGGCUCUUUCUACCUCUCUCUCCCUUCCGAGGAAUGCUCAACAGCUCCAUCCAUCAUCUGGCUUUUCUCUGAAGCCAAGUAGUGUCAGUGUUUCUUUUGGACUGAAUCGCUCCAACAAACUGCAUUGUACUGCCCCUAGAAACAAAACCAUCCUAACCAUUCAAUCUGCAUACAGAGAUGAUGAUGGUUCAGGAAGCACAGGCCUAUUUGUUGGAGGGUUUAUUUUGGGUGGACUCAUAGUUGGUGCCCUUGGAUGUGUAUUUGCUCCACAGAUCAGCAAGGCUAUAGCUGGAGCAGACCGAAAGGAUCUCAUGAGGAAAUUGCCUAAAUUCAUAUAUGACGAAGAAAAAGCUUUGGAGAAAACACGGAAGGUACUGGCUGAGAAAAUUGCUCAGCUCAACUCUGCUAUCGACGAUGUGUCCUCUCAGCUCAAGUCAGAAGAUACCCCGAAUGGUGCAGCUCUAAGCACCGAUGAAGCCGAGGCUACAGUCUGA